CAUCUCUUUCGUUCUGGACAGAGAGAGAAGAAGAAGAAAAGACUCGCCGUACCAAACCCUAGCCACCAAGAGAUGUUGCCGGAGACGACGAAAAUGUUGCCGGAAUCUGACGCCGCCCGCCUCAACUUCCAGGAGACGGAGCUGACCUUAGGAUUGCCGGGCGGAUCGAGGAGCGGAGCCGAGACGGCGGAGGUCUCCACCGCAAGAAGCAACGGCAAACGUGGCUUCUCCGAGACCGUCGAUCUGAGCCUCGGAAGCUCCAGGAUCGAACCACGUGGCAAAGACCAAGGCGCUCAGUCAAAGGACUUGCCGGAAAGUCAGGUUUCCGGUGCCGGAAAACCCCCCGCCGCAAAGGCACAGGUUGUGGGAUGGCCGCCCGUGAAAUCGGCGUAUAGGAAAAACGCCUUGAAAAGCUGUACGUACGUAAAGGUGGCCGUAGAUGGAGCACCGUAUCUACGGAAAGUAGACUUGGAGAUGUACAGCAGCUACCAGCAACUCUUACACGCGCUAGAGGAGAUGUUCACCUGCUUCACUAUCUGUCACAGUCAGAACGAGAGCAAGCUGAUCGAUCUUGGGAAUGGCACGGAAUUCGUUCCCACGUAUGAAGACAGAGAAGGCGACUGGAUGUUAGUGGGAGAUGUCCCUUGGAAAAUGUUCGUGGAAUCAUGCAAGCGCGUCCGGUUGAUGAAGAGUUCAGAGGCCGUUGGUUUAGGUCCACGGAAGUUAGAAAAGUGCACAAGCUCGAGGUGAAAUAGAAGCCCUUUGAAUAUCCUCUCCAUCAACGAUCAGACCAUGUAUAGAGUUCUUUCUUUGUUUUUUUGAGUAUUUUGGCUGCAUCUGGGAGAGUAGUAGAGAAAGAAUAGGGAUGCAGUUACAGCAGCCUUCUUUUCCUUUUGGUUUUGAUAUCUACACGCUAUUGUUUUACUCAAAAUUUCAAAUACAGUUCAUGUUUUCUUUGUUA